AUGGCAGCCUGGCUGGUUAGUGAAAUGAAAAAAUAUCCCGUAAAACAUGGGAAAAGCGUGAAAAAUUCAGUGGAAUUGGUGAAGAAAUUAGAAGGGUUUAAGUUGGGACGAGGAGAAAUUUUGGUCUCGUUCGAUGUCACGGCACUGUUCCCGAGCGUACCAGUCAACGAAGCCCUUCAAAGCCUGCGUCGUCACUUGGAACGCAGCCGAGCUCCACCAAAUCAUAUCGAAGCGUAUCUCUCCGUAGCCCAGGUGUGUAUGAACCAGAAUUUUUUCACGUUCAGGGGGAAGGUUUACAGGCAAACCUUUGGGCUCAGUAUGGGUAGCAAGCUGUCCCCAUUGCUAGCGGACCUCUUCAUGAGCGAUUUUGAGAACGAAGCUCAAAAGAAGAAGUUGUUUCCCAGGAUCUGGUGGCGCUACGUUGAUGAUGUUUUUGCUCCGGUUAAGGAACGAUACCUGGAUCAAACGUUGAGCAUGUUAAACUCCCAACACAAUACGAUUAAAUUUACCGUAGAGAAGGAAGUAGAAGGGAGACUCCCCUUUCUCGAUCUGUUGAUCAGUAGAAAAGAAGACAGCACGUUGAAAUUCGGGAUCUACCGCAAGCCUACCUCCACCGACAGAUACAUCACUUCGGAUUCCAAUCACUUCGGUGCCCAGAAACAAGCCGCUUUCCACUCUAUGGCACACCGGUUGUUCAACGUACCCAUGGCGAAGGAAGAGUUUGAAGAAGAGAAAGACCGUAUUUAUUCAGCAGCCGAAGUGAAUGGGUACGACAAGCCUUUUGUGGAUAAAAUCAUCCGAAAACAUAAGCGAAAAACACAGCGCAACAGUAUAACUACCCUACAGCCGGACACCAAAGAAGUAAAAAGAGUCAGCCUGCCAUUCUACCCGAAAAUAACGAACCCCAUAAAAACCACACUUCAUCGACAAGGGUUACACGUUGUUCACAAAAGUGAGAACACUCUGCGUGACCUGCUUUGCAACCUCAAAGACAAGGUUCCACCUGACGAGCAGUCUGGCAUAUACCAGAUUCCCUGCAAAGACUGUCCGGCGGUUUACAUUGGACAAACCCGCCGAAAAGUCAAAGUCCGCAUAAGGGAACAUAAGAACGCCGUGGUGUCUAAGAAGAGCAACGAAUCGAGCGUGGCGGCUCAUACGGUGGAAACCGACCACGAAAUAGAUUGGGGAAGUGCAAAGAUCGUUAAAACUCGCCGUUUUUUCACGAAAAAAGCGACCCAGCUGCUUCCGCAUCCAUUCGUAACGUUCCACAUUCUGCCGGGUCCCAUGCUGCAGCAGAUCAUCCGCGCUGCGUUCAUCUUCUGCUAA